AUGUUAACAUUAUUGCAUGAAGCUCACUGUGGGAUUGAAAAAUCAAAAGCUAGGGCUCGACAAGUACUAUUUUGGCCAGGAAUCAACAGUGACAUUGAGAAUAUGAUUUCUAAAUGCCUAAUUUGUGAUAGGUUCAGGCCUCAAACAGUAAAAGAACCUCUUGUUUCUCAUGAAAUUCCCAGUUUACCUUAUGAAAAGGUUGGUGCUGAUAUCUGUGAGUAUGCAGGGAAAAGUUAUCUAGUAAUAGGCUGUUACUUAACUAAAUGGGUAGACAUAAUUCCUCUAAAAAAUAAAAGUGCAGUGGAAGUUACUAGUAAAUUGAAAUCGAUAUUUGCAACACAUGGAAUACCCAAAACUUUAAUUUGUGAUAACGUACCAUUUAAUAGUUGGAAAAUGAAGAGUUUCGCAAGGGAUUGGGGAUUUGAAAUAAUCACUAGCAGUCCUCGAUAUCCUAAAUCUAAUGGAUUUGCAGAAAAGGUUGGUAUAAAUUUAUCACCAAGUCAAAUGCUAUUAAGUAGGAAUUUAAGAACACGAUUACCAAUUACACAAACAGAAUUGAAACCAACUGUAAAAGAUCAAUAUAGAGAAAAGGUGAGGAGUAAGCAGAAACAGGCUAAAAUCUAUUAUGAUAAGCAUGCAAGGGAAAGACCUGAAUUUAUUCCUGGGGAAAAGGUAAUGUUGAGAUGGGAAAAUAAAUGGGAGCCUGCUAUAGUUUUAAAAAAGCAUUCAACUCCUAGAUCAUAUUGGAUUAGAACAAAAGAUAAUAGGGUAAUUAGACGGAAUAAAUUCCAUUUAAGAAAAACUAAAAAUCAGAAUUUAGUGACAUUAGACUAUUAUGAUCUAUGUAAUGAGAAUGAGGAAAAUAUAAGUAGUGAACAUCCAAAAAUACAUAAUGAUCCUCACCAUCAAAAUAAUAGCAAUAAUAUUAAUCGUGAUUGUGUAUAUAAAACAAGAAGUGGUCGUAAUGUAUAUCGACCAUCCAAAUAUGAUAAUUAUGUAAUGCAUUGA